AUGGCAAGCGUAAUUUCCAGCGGGUUUCGUGAAGAUUGUGCAGAUUUUUUAGGUGAAUUUGCAAAGCUGAAGGCACCGGAUUAUCAAAGUUUUUGCCAGGAAUGGAAAAGAACCAACUUUCAAUACAUAUUUUACGGACGGAAUACGGAUGCAGAAAUGGCAGAAUAUUUAGGGGAAAUAUUUUACACCGUAAAAAAGUGUUUCUUUGCUUCCAAGAAUCAGUUUGAACGCAUCGCAGCAUUCUAUCUGCUAUAUACGUUGUACUUCAAGCAGCCAUUGUUUAUGUUUUGCAAGAUACGGCUCACAUUAACGGAGUGGCGUGUGAUGAAAGAUUUUGCUAGACAUCCAUACAAUGGCCAGAAAUUACCGCAAGUAACAGUUAUACUAUGGAAGCUGUUCAAAUCAGAUGCUUUUCGUUUCGUGCACGAAGAGCUAGAACGGGGGUUUGAUAGGUUUUAUUUAAAAAGUUCUGGAACUAGCUUCGACAGUUCCGGACCAUUGCGAACAAGUAAGGAUUUGGAAAAAGAGCUGCUAUCUUUGACGACGCCUGGCGAACUUAUCAACGCGAUGGAGAUACUUGAAAUGGCCUACAAUGAAAUGAAAGAAGCGCUUGAUGAUAACGGUGCAUCAGCUACAGAAUCAAUCGUUGGUGACAAAAUACCUCAAUCAACAUUGAUGGAAAGUCUGCGCAGCGAUAUAGAUUCACUUGGAAGCAUGCUACGUAGUAACGAAAAUCAGACUGCAAUACGUUCCAACCUAAACUUGACAGAAGAAGAUACUGACUCCGUGGGAGCUAAGCGAUAUUCGUUGCGAAGGAAAGCAUACAAGCGGGAAGUAAAAAAGAAAGUAUUUCGCAUUGCAGGACGAGAAUGCCCAAACAGCUCAGAGGAAUCGGAUGAUAAAAAUUCUUCCGGUGUAGCUGAAAAAUGUGCAAAUAUAGAGCAAGUAGAAUCAAAGCGCGGGGGAUUUCGAAGCCUUCAUCAUAAAGCGUCCAAAUUAAGGUAA